AUGGUAAUCUGUAAAACCCAAUUUCAAAUCCUUCCCAACAAUUUUUCGCCCAUGAACUAUUUUCGCCACCAUUUUUCUCAUCACCCGCGAAUUGAUUUCUCUUCAGCAGCAAGAAAUUUGAUUCGAUUUCCCCUGUAUGAGGCAACCGAUCUUGCACAAUCACAAGGUAUUGUGCCUAGGAACAGAGAAGCCAUCAAGAAAGAGAUUAUAAUCCAACACAUGAAAAUUUGCUCAAACUUGACACAACUAGAAUGUAUUUAUUCCUGCAUGGUCAAGAACAGCUACAAUCAAGAUUGUUUCAUGAUAAACCAGUUUGUCUCAGCCUGUUCAUCCUUUUCUCAUAUAGAUUAUGCGAUCCAAGCCUUUACCCAGAUGGAUGAACCAAAUGUAUUUGUGUACAAUGCUGUUAUUCGAGCUUGUGUUUGUUGUUUUGCCCCAGUUCAAGCUCUUCAGUUCUAUCUAAAAAUGUUGAGUGCUCAAGUUUAUCCCACUAGCUAUACAUUUUCCUCUGUUAUCAAAGGUUGUGCUUUAGUCGCCCAGUGCAGAAUUGGAGAAGCUAUUAAUGGGCACAUAUGGAAGUUUGGGUUCAAAUCUCAUGUGUAUGUUCAGACGGCUUUGAUUGAUUUCUAUUCAUGUUUGGGGAAGAUCUUCGAAUCAAGACUGGUGUUUGACGAAAUGGUUGAAAGGGAUGUUUUUGCCUGGACUUCGAUGAUAUCAGUUCAUGCACGGUCAGGAGAUUUGGUUUCCGCUAGGAAACUGUUUGAUGAAAUGCCUGAAAGAAAUUUUGCUUCAUGGAACUCUUUGAUCGAUGGGUAUGCUAGAAUCAGGGAUGUUGAAUCCGCACAACUUUUGUUCAGCGAGAUGCCCGUAAAAGACUUGAUUUCAUGGACAACUAUGAUCAAUUGCUACUCACAAAACAAACUGUACGCAGAAGCAUUAGUAACUUACAACAAUAUGACAACAAACGGUAUUAUCCCCGAUGAAGUGACCAUGGCAACCGUUAUCUCAUCCUGUGCCCAUCUUGGUGCACUUGACCUUGGAAAGCAGAUACAUCUUCAAAUUACGAAAUCCCAUAUCAAUCUUGAUGUUUAUAUCGGGUCUGCACUGAUUGAUAUGUAUGCAAAAUGUGGCAGCUUAGAUCAAUCUUUAUUAGUGUUCUAUAAGUUACCAGAAAAAAAUCUCUUCUGUUGGAACUCAGUACUUGACGGGCUUGCAUUACACGGUUACGCCAAUGAAGCACUGAAAAUGUUUAGUCAUAUGAAGAAUGAGAAUAUAAAACCCAAUGGCGUCACUUUUAUCAGUGUCCUUGGUGCUUGCACACAUGCAGGAUUAGUCGAAGAGGGUCGCAGGUGUUUUCUGAGCAUGGCUCGUGAUUUUCUCAUCUCUCCUGAAAUUGAACAUUACGGAUGUAUGGUUGAUUUAUUGUGCAAAGCGGGUCUCUUGGAAGAUGCACUGCAAGUGAUUAGGGAAAUGAGAAUGGAACCAAAUUCGGUCAUCUGGGGUGCGUUAUUAGGUGGAUGUAAACUUCAAAAGAACUUGGAAAUGGCUCAAAUUGCUGUUAGAAAGUUGAUGAUCCUGGAACCAGAUAACAGUGGAUAUUACACACUUUUAGUAAACAUGUUUGCUGAAGCAAAUAGAUGGAGUGAGGUGGCUAGAAUAAGGGCAACUAUGAAAGAUCUUGGAGUAGAAAAAAAGAGGCCAGGGGCAAGUUGGAUUGAGAUAGAGGGAAAGAUUCAUCAGUUUUCAGCUUCUGACAAGUAUCAUGAAUCUUCCAAUGAAAUUUACUUGGUGCUGGAUAAAUUAUGUGGGUCGUUAGUAGCUGCGGCGUGUGGAGUUGAGUAUGUUUUUGCUUCGUGACGAUUAAUUUACUCAUUUUUAAUUGAUGAUUGAUGAAGCAGUAGCAACAAAGAUGUGGGCAGUUGGAUGAUUAGAAGCAACAUUUGAAUAUAUGGAUGGUGUUGGUGAAGAAUUUAAUGAUUUAAUUCCUUGGAAGGUAGGUUGUUGAUACGUGGUUAAGUUGUUUGUAAUGGUAAUGGGAUACAACAGGUUUCUUUGUUGGUACUUAUAAUACUUCCAUACAAUGAUGCA